AUGACACUUCUUCUACAGACUCGCCCGUCCCGCCCCAUCUGUCGUCGAACCCGUCCCCAGCUCGCGACUUCAUCCAAAGGUCUUCCUUUGUCCGAUGCUGUACUGCAGUGGCUGUCGGAAGAUCCGAGGGAAGAGCUCACGGACGCCCGGUUGCCGCUUUCAUCUCCGGAUCCGUUCGAGGCCCAUGUGGACCUUCGUCUCGAGAAGCUGGUCGGGACAGGACAUACAGCCGGCGGCUGGCUGGCAAAACCGAUGCGAAUCAACGGGCCGUCGCCAAGUUCAUCGUCAUCGUCGUCGUCGCCCGAUCCCGCAAUCAUCCUCGUUGACGGUCCCGAUCCCACGUCGACUUACUUUUUGAAGCUGGUGACGUAUGAAAAUGUUGGGUCGGUGAUUCGUGAAUCGCUCUUCUUCCAACGUGUUUUCCCCCACCUUCCCGAGCACCUUCGAAGCCAUCUGCCGCGUUAUCACGGCACCUAUCGAGGGCGCGAUGGCAACGGAUACGCGUUAAUGUUCGAGUACGUGGGAACGGUCAUGAGUUUUGCCGACUUCUACGCGACGGGUGGACAAUGGUCGUGAGUUUAUUUUGUGGUGGGGAGGGGGGACUCGGAGAGGCGGACCUCGAGUUUCUGACGCCUUGACGCGGGUCCAAUGGACUUGAAUCUAGUGAGAACGCUGACCGGCCCACUCUUCCUUCUUUCACUCUCAUUUGAGGUACAGCGAGAUCGAGGAGGCCUUGCACCGAAUCGGAAUCGUUCAUAACGACGUCAGCGACGGCAACGUUCUGCGUCGACCCGACGAUGGGGGCUUUUGCUUCGUUGAUUGGGGACGCUCGUAUCUAAAGCCUCGCAAAGUCUGA